AUGAGUUCUGGCGGCGCAAACGGACGAUUCCCCGCUGGUCCAUCAGGUAAUUACGAGUCCAAUGGAUAUAGAAGCAGAGAAAAAAGAGUAAACAGGAACUUUAGGGGAAAUAGAUACCAAGAAGAGUCAGAAUCAAGAUAUGAAGGUAGGGCAAGUCGAGGACGUUACGGGAAUGGAUUUCGAGGCGCUAGAAGAGGUACGGGGAGCAGAUUUCAACAGGACUAUAGACGUGGAAACGGCAACGGCAACGGCAGAUAUGAGAGUCGGUGGAACGACGACGAUGUGGACUGGGAACAGGUAGUUCCACUUAACGAACGCCAAAGAAUGCGUCCUUCUCUGUGGGAUAAGCCCUUGAAGGGCUUCGAAAAUGUACCUGCAGAAAGAGCCAAGCUGUCUGGUCUUUUCCCACUUCCGGGACAGCCACAAGAACUGGAUCGCUCAAAGCUGGACGGGAUCGUCUCUAGCGGAGUGCUCACGCGUCGUACACGAAUCCUGUUUGAGGACCCUACACGCGCUAACCUGAGCAAAACGAAGUACAAUCAAAUACUCAUUUUGACCGCAGUGGGCUCCACCAAACCGGAGCUGAAUGAAAUUACAAAAUUUGUGGAUUCGUUUGUGAAGCUCAUUGACGAUACUCAAGAUCUAAAAUCGCACGCGAUAUUAAGCGAUAAUCGGCUGAAGCUCCAUUUCAGCAGCGAAGAAAUCACCACGAUGGUGCUGAGCUGUCAAAAAUAUAUAGAAGCCCAAACCAAAUGCAAAUUUAUUUGGCAGAGACCUGGCGAAUGUAUCCGCAAAUAUAAACCACAGGAUGCCAUAUGUGGUGGCGAGGUCAUUGCGUUACUAGGUCUCGAAAAAUCCGACCAGGAAGCUCUCAUGGAGGAUCUGCGCAAAAAUGGCGUUGAAGUCAACUGGCUGAAACUUAUCGUACUCGAAAAGACCCAGGAAUUCACAGGAGCGGCGCUACUGGAGCCGAUAUCCUGGAACAAUAAUAUCAGACACUAUAGGUGGAUCCGGCCCAACGAUUCUAAGCUGCAUCAAGAUUUUGAGGAAGUGACAUUCCAACAACUGCCGCAUCUGGUAACGCGCCGAGACCACGAAGCCUCUCGCGUUAUUGUUUUGCUCAAUUGCGUUGAUGGCAAGGACUUGAAAAACGAAGACUUUGUUCGCGAGCUCCAUGAUUGCAUGGCCCAGUCGGAAAUCAUGACAUCUUUCGGUGAAAUUGAAAGCGUCAAGAUUCCCAAACCUGGUGCUGAUUAUCGCAACAGCUUCGAAACCAUUGAAGAAAGCAUAGGCAAGAUUUUUGUUAAAUUCAAAGAGGUCGAGAGCGCACGUUCCGCGAUGCAAAAGCUGCCAGGGCGUCAAUUUAACGACAGAACGGUAUUGUGUGCAUAUUUUAGCGAAAGGGACUACAAUAUGGGAAUUCUAUGA